AUGCAGCUUCUCAACUCAUUUCCCACGACAGUACUUGUCUAUUCAUUGCUUCUGUUAUGCAUAUUGGUCCAGUGUGUCGCCGGAAAUGUUGAAAAGGUCAUCUUCACUGGCCCUUCUGCCCCUUCCGUCAAGGCUACCACCAACCCUACCCUCGAGUCACUCAACAUCAACACCUUGACACAUGAUGACUUAUCCGUUCGAACAAACUUGAGUCGCAUUUUUGCAUCCGAGCAGACAGAUUUUCGAGGACAAUCAUCAUGGCUUCUUCUUACCAACCUGACUGAGAAUCAGAGGUACGAGCUGAGAGUCUGCUGGUCAGCACUGGUAAGUACACUGGAGACUGUUAUUCUAUUCCACAUGAACAAAGUAGAUGGAUUAUGCGUGGUCCGAGCUCAUACUCUCAACCAGGAACCAACUCGCUUCGACAUGGAAGCAUAUACCCCGGACAGGGUCCUAGAGAAUCCCAAACUACUUCAGUCUCUCAACACCUAUGUAGCAUCACUGCAACAUGACCAAGGCACGAGGAAGACUACCAAACUUCCAAAGAGCCCCUCGCUGUUGGUCGAAAUUCACUCCGCAGCCGACUACUUCACCGACAACAAGGAGCUGAUGGCCAACCCUUCACCUGUCCUGGUCGAUCUCAUUCUCGACCCAUUCCUUUUCAACGUCCUGCCAGAGUCUCUACUGCCAACUGUAGGUUAUCUUGGUUUGCUCGGCAUCAUGACCUGGAUUAUGGCGCGAUGGGUGGCAUCCGGCUUGCGAGCUGCAGCUGGUACGGCGGAACUCCCAGCCAAGAAACGGAAUUGA